UCCAGCGGAAGUAUCCACUAAAGCCGAGGCCUCAUCACUUCAAUGGCGACCGAAAAGGGGCUGAAUAAAGAGCUGGAGCUGCAGCGGAGGGGGGUCGGAGGAGUGUAACAGCAAAUAAAUAAAUAAAUGGUAGUCGAAAUUUCAUAAUUUACUAUACAAUAUAUAUACAUACACACAAAGCUAAUGGCCGACAUUAAGGCCAAAAAGCAGAAUGUAACGCGCCUUGAAUCGGAGUUAUACUAUUUAGUAGCGCGCUUUUUAUCGACUGGCCCAUGUCGGAAAGCGUACGAGGUCCUGGUGGGGGAGCUGGAGGAGUAUCAGAUUCUACCUAAACGUUUGGACUGGGAAGGCAAUGAACAUCACCGCACAUAUCAAGAAUUGGUUUGUGCUAGCAAGCAUGUGGCCGCUGAUCAUCUAUUACAAAUUUGUAAACAAAUUGGACCACUUCUGGAGAAGAAUCACACGGGUAUAUCUGGAGUCCAGUCUUUGCUUGGAACCGGGUGGCAAUGCUUACUGGAUAAACCUAAAGAUUGUAAGAAUGGUCUACGGAAGGGUUCAGAAUUUGCAGUGCUCUGUAAUGGGAGACCUGUGGUGAUGCAGCACUUCAAGAACUCACCUAAUAUUGUUGAAGUGUAUCAUGCAAGACAGCUGACAGGCAUACAGUGUUUUAGUUUCAUUUAUCCUGUGAGUAACUACCAGCACAUAAAAAUGCACAAACGAAUUCUGGGACAUCUUUCAGCUGUAUACUGCAUUGCUUUUGAUCGAACAGGACAAAGAAUAUUUACUGGUGCAGAUGAUUGCUUGGUAAAGAUUUGGUCCUCAUUUGAUGGACGAUUGCUCUCAACUCUACGUGGACAUUCAGCUGAAAUUUCGGACCUUGCAGUGAACUUCGAGAACACAUUAAUUGCAGCAGGCAGUUGUGACAAAGUGAUUAGAGUCUGGUGUUUGCGUACCUGUGCUCCUGUCGCAGUUUUACAAGGACAUACAGGUUCUAUUACUUCUCUGCAGUUUUGUCCAAUGGUCAGAAGCUCUAUGAGGUACAUAGUUUCUACUGGGGCUGAUGGAACUGUCUGCUUUUGGCAAUGGGAUGUUAACAAUGUCAGUUUCAACAGUCGCCCUCAGAAGUUUACAGAAAGGACCAGGCCUGGUGUUCAGAUGGUUUGUUCUUCUUUCAGCAGUGGUGGAAUGUUCUUGGCUACAGGAAGUACAGAUCAUGUGAUAAGAAUAUACUAUCUGGGAUCUGGAAGUCCUGAGAAAAUUGCAGAACUGGAAUCUCACACAGACAAAGUUGACAGCAUUCAGUAUUGUAAUAAUGGUGACAGAUUUGUGAGUGGAAGCCGAGAUGGAACUGCACGUAUCUGGAGAUAUCAAUAUGGUUGGGCAAACUUUUUGCUAAAUAUGUCUUCUACAUUAUCAAGUGAGACCUGCUCAGAGGAAGAUAGAUUUUUCAAGCCAAAAGUGACCAUGAUUGCUUGGGAUCGAUUUGAUGAUAAUGUGAUCACAGCUGUCAAUAAUCACCUGCUAAAAGUGUGGAACUCCUACACUGGUGAACUUCUGCACAUACUAAGGGGACACGAAGAUGAAGUGUUUGUGUUGGAGCCACAUCCCUUAGACCCCAGAAUUUUACUUUCGGCAGGACAUGAUGGGAAUCUCUUCAUAUGGGACAUAACCAAAGGAAUCAAAACACAGCAUUAUUUUAACAUGAUUGAAGGCCAAGGGCAUGGUGCAUUGUUUGACUGUAAGUUUUCACCAGAUGGACAACAUUUUGCAUGCACAGACUCACAUGGACAUCUGCUUAUAUUAGGAUUUGGAAGCAGCAAACCUUUUGAGAAGUUACCUGACCAGGUGUUCUUCCAUACUGAUUACCGACCUUUAAUAAGAGAUUCAAACAAUUAUGUUCUUGAUGAACAAACACAGCAAGCUCCACACCUUAUGCCUCCACCUUUUUUAGUGGAUGUUGAUGGCAACCCACAUCCCCCUAAAUACCAGAGGCUUGUUCCAGGAAGGGAGAAUUGUGCAGAUGAACAUUUAAUCCCUCAGUUGGGAUAUGUUGCUACAAGUGAUGGCGAGGUUGUGGAACAGGUGAUCAGCCUGCCAGCGAAUGAUGUUGGGGAGCAUGGCCAGGAGCCGAGUGUACUUGACAAUAUGAUAAGACAAUUACAGGAACAGCAGGACCAAAGAAAUUCAGCAGAACUGAGAGUUCCUGCAAAUGAACUACAAAGUAGAGAUGAUGCAGCUUUGAGAACCUUCCACAACCCAAACACAGAGUAUUUGUCUUCCCCCAAUGUUGGCUUACGUCGCAGUGGACAGGUGGAAGGUGUGCGGCUGCUGCAUCAAAAUGCUCCUCGAAGUCAAAUGGCCACAAAGCGUGAUCUACAAGCUUGGAAACGCAGAAUUGUAGUUCCUGAAUUACCGCUUAGUGUACUCAAGAAACAGGAAGAAUACAGGAAAGUGAAGGGAGAUGAAGAGAGAGCCUUAUAUAUGGCUGAGAAGAAACUAAUGUCUUUGCAAGGAAAUGGAAUGAUUGAUGGUGUAAGCAAAGGAAAAAGGACACAACCACUACGCUCUAAGAAGAUAAACAGACGAACAUCUAAAAUGGCCAUGGAUUUCAUUGACCUAUCUUGUGAGGAAGGGGAGGAAACUGAGUGCUCUGAAGAAGAGGAGGAAAAUGACCUUGACGUAAAUGGUAAUAUGGAGUCCUCUGAAGAUGAUAAAGAAUGGAAAAGUGAUAUCAACAGUUCUAGUAAAUCCUCUAGUGACUGCUCUGACUGGAAUGCUGAUGGAAAGAAUAUUCACAAGCGUCCAGUUCGUAAAUCUUCUAGGAAAAAAGCAAUACGUGAGUUGAGCAGCUCUGAUGAAGACUUUUCAACUGACGAAGAAGCAAGCACUCCAGUACAAAAGUCAAAGAGUCCAAAACUAAGGAAGUGCAAGCAACGUGCUCUUAGAUCAGAAGUGAUUCCCAUUCCUUCUACAGAAUUCUGUCCUCCUCCAUCUUGGAUUAUUGAUGUUAUUCCCCGAAAGUCCCCUUUUGUUCCACAGAUUGGUGAUGAGGUGAUAUACUUCCGUCAGGGCCAUGAAGCUUAUGUUGAAGCAGUAAACAGAAACAACAUUUACAAUAUUAACCUUGAAAAGCAACCUUGGAGAAAAAUGGAACUCAGAGAUCAAGAGUUUGUUAAAAUUGUUGGAAUUAAAUAUGAAGUAUGUCCUCCAACCCUGUGUUGUUUGAAGCUUUCCAUUAUAGAUCAUGGAACUGGAAAGGACUCUGACAGAUUCUUCUAUGUUACGUACCAUGACAUGCCUGAUGUAAUUGAUUUUAUUGUGCUACGACAAUGCUAUGAAGAAGCAAGACAUAGAAACUGGCAGCCAAAUAACCGAUUCAGAUCAGUUAUUGAUGAUGCUUGGUGGUUUGGAACACUACUAUGUCAAGAGCCCUAUCAAGCAGACUAUCCUGAUAGCCACUUUCAGUGCUACAAAGUUCGGUGGGAUAAUGGCGAGAUUGAGAAGUUAAGUCCUUGGGAUGUGGAGCCCAUUCCUGACAAUGCGCAACUGCCAGAUCAAAUUGGAAAUAGUGUCCCAGUGUCCAGCAGUGAACAGAGUGAAUUAAUGUAUAAACCACAGGAAGGAGAAUGGGGAAACAAGUCCCGUGAUGAAGAAUGUGAACGUAUUAUUAAUGGCAUAAACCAGCUUUUGACUUUUCAAUUUGCACUUCCUUUUGCUGCUCCAGUUGACUUCUCUACAUAUCCUGACUACUUUUUGGUGGUGGCAUAUCCAACUGAUGUUACUACUAUAAGGACACGUCUUGUGCACAGAUUUUACAGGAGAACAUCUGCACUGAUAUGGGAAGUGAAACAAUUUGAGCAUAAUGCUACAGAAUAUCAUGGAGGGAAUAGUGAAAUUACAAAAACUGUAAAGAAGAUCGCUACCAUUCUUGUUCACUUUAUUAACAAACAAGAUUGUGUAAAUAUUAACGAUGUUUUAGAUGAAGAAAAUAGGAGAGUAGAGCAGGAGGAUGGCCCUGGAACUUCAACAAGAAGACAACAACAUCAGCGCCAAGAUGAUAAAAUUCAAGCAGGAAAUAGUAUUGAAGACUGGAAAAUACAGUGUAAAGCCCUGUUAGAAUAUAUUUUUCUUUGUGAGGACUCCGAACCUUUCCGUCAACCUGUUGAUCCCAAUGACUAUCCAGAUUAUACAGAUAUAAUCAACACCCCAAUGGAUUUUGGAACUGUUAGGACUUCAUUGGAAGAAAACCAGUAUGGAAAUCCAAUGGACCUUUGUAAGGAUGUCCACUUGAUAUUUAAAAAUGCAAAAGCCUAUACUCCAAACAAACGAUCUAAGAUAUACAGUAUGACUUUGCGGCUGUCUGCUCUUUUUGAAGAUCGUAUUAGAACAAUUAUUUCGAAGUACAAUACAGCUGUUCAGCAUUGUGAAAAAAUUGGUCGUAGCCAGCGGUUGAAGAGAAAAGUGCAAAAACAGAAGAUUUCAGUCUCCAUUUCUAGCCCUGAGGAAAAUAUUGAUAAUGUUAUCUCCAGAAAUUCUACCAAGUCUACCUCAAAUGAAGUUUUGUGCACUUUAAGAAGCAGGCAGAUAAUCAUUCAUAGGAGCUCUUCAGGCUCCUCCAAUGAAACCUCUAUGUCUCCUUCAUCAGGAUCUUAUAAAAAAGCCAUAAUUUCUGGAAGCAGCUUUGAAGAGUCUACUUCUGAAGGUUCAGAUAGUGACACUACGUUAUCAUCUAACCAUUCAGAAGAAAAUGAAAAAACGUCUUCAGACUCUGAUCCCAAAGUUAAGAAUGGAAAAACUAGAGUACUCAACAAUUACAGUAGAAUUACUCGAAAUAAGGCUGCAUUAAACAGGAAACGACAAGAACCUGAGAAGAAAUUAUCCUCCUUCCACUCAGAAGAAACUGAGCAAACAUCUUCAGACUCUUCACUUUCCAAAUACAAAAAUGUGAAAUUAGGUGAAUCCACAACGUAUUACAGGAUAAUGCAAAAAAAGGCUGCACGGAACAGAGAAAAACAAGGCAACCGAUUGCAGCUUAGAAGAAGAGGAUGCAACAGCAGAGAGUAUAAAUUAGACAGCAGCUCUGACGAAUCAUCUUGGCAUUUAAAUGAAGAAAGUGACUUUAAAAAUAAACAGACUCGUGUAUUUAGACAGAAGGCACCUAGAAAGACUGCUGCUGCAGCUGUGAACAAAAUGAAGCUGAUGAGUAACUGGGAAGAGGAAGAUUUUGGUUCAGAAAAUGAAAGUCCUAAGCCUAGCAAAAGGCAUCUGCAACGGCAAACAGAUGACAAAGGUUUAAUAAAAAAUAAAAGGGAAGGCAGUAUUGACAAUGAAGAACUGGAAUGUGAUACAUCUGAAGAGAGAGCCAGAAGUGAUCAACAACAUAAACACGAUGGAUGUAGCAGCCAAGAAAUAAUUCAUGCAAAGUCUGUUAGAGUUAUCACAAAUAAGCUGUUAAGAAAUAAAAGAUCAAAAGAAUAUUCUCAUAGUGAUGAGAGAGAAAUCCCAGUCUCUAGUAGUCAUUCUCAAACAUUUAUAUCUUCAAAUGCAUUGGAAUUAGAGAAGGACUGUGCAUCUGACUUUGAUAGUGAGGAAAGUACUGAUGCAACAAACUGCAUUUCUUCCAAAAUGGAAAAUCAACAUGAACAUGCAAAUAGCCAGUCUUACCGAUCCACAUAUAGAAAAAUUAGAGUAAGUGUUGGUUCUGAAGACAGUUUGAAGCCUGAAUGCAGUCAACAAAAAGUCGUUCCCCAAAAAAGUAAUGCUUGGUCAAAAACAGAAAAAAGUAAAGCAAAGAGGUGUAAAAACAGACUCCUAUCCAACAGUGAAAGCAGUAACUGUAGUGAAGAGUGUAACAGAAAGGUGGAUAAUAAUUCUGGUGUACUUCCACUAAGCUUUGACAAUGAUCACCAAUCAAAAAUAAAAGUUAACAUGUCUAGAAGAGCAGUUUCUAAGUCAAAUACAAGAAGGAAAGGAAUUUUGAGCUCUUCUGAUGAAACAAAUAAUUCAGAGGAAGACAAAAAGCAGGAGGAAAUGAGCCAAAGAUCCUUGCGUAACCGACCAUCAAAAACAAGAUUAAUGGAAGGUUCUGAGAAUGGUGGGAGGAGUAGUGCAUUGUGUAGAAAACUUCCAUACAGAGAAGCAGCAGCUAAAAAGAAAUAUUCUUAUUUGGAGGAAACUGACUUGGAAACUGAAAUAGAUUGUACCAACAGGAAAUCGCCUCUCAAGUCUCCUCUUAAAGUUAGUAGAGGAGAGUUCAGAACCCAGGCACCCUCAGACUGUGAUUUGACAAGUAAAAGCUUGCACUUCAAGGAGGGCCAUAUUCUGGAUGCCCCUCCAGAAAACACAUCACCCUCUGAGGGUGAGGAAAUAAUAUUCACAAAGAAAAAACAGCAAAGAAGCCGUAAACUUAAUUCAGAUUCUAUGUCUUCUGAAGUAACAUCAUCAGAGGAGGAAAUACUACCUUGCAGCAGUAAGAAAGCUUACGAAAAUGGAAAGAAAAGUAGUAUUUUGCAAUCGGAGAAGGCAGAAGUCAACAGAAAUGGUCAGCAUGAACGUAAUGUUAAUAAUACAGCUAGGAAAAGAAAAUGCUUAAAUGGUUCUGAUUCUGGAAAUAGUUUGGACAAAAGAAAAUGUGAUUUGGAAAAGUGCAAUGGUAGUGCAAAAAGAAGCAAAUUGGAUAUUGCAAGCAAUUCAGAUAUUGAAUAUAAUGAUAAUACUGAGCUGCCACCUGCAACUGUUUCCAAAAGAGAAGACAGUUUAGAAAAUAUCAAGACAUCAUCAUCUCGGUCUUCUAAAUCUCUAAAGAAAAGAAAAUGUUUGUUCACUAGUAGUAGUAGUAGUACUUGCAGCAGCAGCAAUGACUCCUGCUUCAAGCCAGAGUCUUGUAUUUCAGAUUCUGGAUCAGACUUCAGGGACAACAGUGACAGUGAUUAUAGCAUACAACAGAAUCCAAAGACUGUACGGAGAAGUAAAAGAAGACAACAGCAGUCUGCAAGUAAUAAAGGAAUAGUCUUGCGAUCUGGCAGAACAUCAAGGCCUUGAGCUCACAAUGAUGGUUGACUAUAAUGUUAUGGGCUGAAAGAAAUCCCAUAUGGGCACCUCCAUUAGUAUAGGAACUAGGGUUAAUAACAAUGAAAUGAAAUGAUGGCUGUUGAAGAGCAUAGUCAAAAAUGGUGCUUUUGUAGUCUGUGUUUAAAUACAUAAGGAGUAAUUUAAAAGUUAAGAGGUUGGAUUUGUCUAUAGAAGGAAAUUUGGAAUAUACAGUAGUCCUCCAAGAUGUGUGUGUUCACGGAGUACUUCGGCUCUUAAUUCACCCAUAAAUUGGUAAGAUGAUCAUUUGUCUUACAAUGAAAUGCCAUAGUGAAAUAUUACAGCCUUUAAGAAUGAGACUGACAUUCCUGCCCACAAGGGUAGUAGCACUGGAACUCUAUAACAAACUGCUGUGAAUAUAUUUGUUUAUUCAGGGAUUAUAUUUAUAUUUUCUGUGAAAAAGAAAACAUUUGUAGGGAUUUGACUGUUAAUGUACAGGCAUUAUUUGCCAGGUUUAAAAAGUUUGAUACUAAUGCCAUGUUGUGCCUCAUUUGGGGGCUUUAAAUCUUCAAAAGUGAGUUUGCAAGAGCAAAAAAAUCAAUUUCCCCCUUACUAAAAUAAAUAAAAUAAAAAAAAAAAACCAACACUGUGCUUUUUUUUUGCUCAUCCAGUGAGUUGUAUGUGUAGAGCAUUAACACUGUGGGUGCUAUGUAAUAUAAAUGAAUUAAACUAUUUUUGCUGGCUUACAUAAGAGUCUCUGCUUUAUUAAAACAUGUUGGGUUAUAUUAGCAACUCAGGGAUAAUUAAAAUGAAUAAUUAUGUGUUGUUUAGAACUACGUGCCUAACUAUGUCAGUCUUGUGUGAACAUUUUCAAUAUUUUUAUCAAAAAGUUGAAUAUAAAUUACUGAGUAUUCUUAAGACGUAUGCAUUUGCAUGUGUAUGGUGGGUUUUUUCUACUUUCAAAGUCUUGUAAUUUAAAAGUUUACUGUAUGCAAGGGAUUGUGCCUUUGUUCAUUCAUCUUGUAAUAUUUGAAAUUAAAAUUUGUAAUUAUU